CAGAAGCAUCGAGCAGCACUAGAAACCAGUCAGAGACGUUUCGUUUAAAGCACAAGUCCACAAAUAAAAAAAAAAAACAGAACACAGACCUUUGUGAGAAACAGUGAAGUGAAUACCUCCAAUAAAAGAGAGAUUACCGAAAAAGAGACAAAGCAAAGAAGUACACAGAAAGAAAACAAUUUUUUUUUGAUUGAAGAAAAAGAUUUUUUGAGUGACAAACCGUUAGAAUGGCCACUUUAUCGUCGCACCCGAACUACGGAUUCCACCUGGGCGCCGGCGGCGGACAGGGACUGGAGCUCCCCUCGCCCAGCGACUACGCCCACCAGGGCCAGCUGCAGCUGAGCCCGGGCAUGGAUAUGGAUAUCAAGCGGGUGCUUCACUACUCCCAGAGCCUGGCCGCCAUGGGUGGCUCGCCAAAUGGCAACGGGCUUCCCAGCGGCCCCGGCAUGGGCCACCACCAUCACAUGACGCCCCAUCAUAUGCACAGCGCCGUGUCGGCCCAGCAGACCCUGUCGCCCAACAGCUCCAUCGGCUCCGCCGGAAGUCUGGGCAGCCAGAGCAGCCUGGGCAGCAGCGGCAUGGGCAACGGUUCCAGCAUCGGAUCUUCGGGGCACGGCAACCAUCAAUCCUCUGGGAUGCACAGCCUCGCCACCUCGCCCGGCCAGGAGGGACACAUCAAGCGACCCAUGAACGCCUUCAUGGUCUGGUCGCGGCUCCAGCGCCGUCAGAUCGCCAAGGACAACCCCAAGAUGCACAACUCCGAGAUCUCCAAGCGCCUGGGCGCCGAGUGGAAGCUGCUGGCUGAGUCCGAGAAGCGGCCUUUCAUCGACGAGGCCAAGCGCCUGCGUGCCCUUCACAUGAAGGAGCACCCAGACUACAAGUACCGCCCGCGUCGCAAGCCCAAGAAUCCCAUGACCGCUGGCCCCCAGGGCGGACUCCAGAUGCAGGCCAACGGAAUGGGACAGCAGAAGUUGGGCGGUGGUCCAGGAGCCGGUGCCGGGGGCUACAAUCCCUUCCACCAACUGCCUCCGUACUUUGCCCCGUCGCACCACCUCGAUCAGCCCUACCCGGUGCCGUACUUCGGAGGCUUUGAUCCUUUGGCCCUGUCAAAGCUGCAUCAGUCACAGGCCGCAGCCGCUGCGGCGGCCAACAAUCAGGGCCACAAGGUGCUGGAGUCCCAGCAAGCACCGCCCCAGCUUCCCCCGACGUCCCUGAGCAGCUUCUACUCCGGCAUCUACUCGGGCAUGUCGGCGCCCUCCCUGUACGCCGCCCACUCCGCCAAUGCCGCAGCCGCUGGCCUGUACACCUCAUCGUCCACCUCCUCGCCAGGAUCCUCGCCGGGAACCAUCACACCCAAUGGAAUGGACGGCUCCAUGGACAGCGCCCUGAGGCGACCAGUGCCGGUCCUCUAUUAGAGGGAAUCACGUCCCCCGCGUAGAGUACAGAGUAGAGUACAAUUGUUGAAGCAUUCCCAAAGUGAUCCACUGGUUUUAAAUCUUCAGAAGCUCUAAGUAAGCCAACAUCUAUCAGUCCUCAACCCUCUAUCAAUUCUCCCCGCUUAAUUCUAGUGAAAUCUCUAAACAGAUCUAAGAAAAAUCACUCACAAGAAACCACAUUCCUAGCCAAUACACACAAAAAACCAUCUAUAAUAUACGCUAAACAAUAAUUUAUUUUUUCGCACUAACCAAUUAAGGAAAACAAGAAAGGUAUCAAAUCGAAAAGAUA